AUGGCUGCGUUAUAUUCGGAUUUCUUCGAGCAACUACAGGUGGUUUUACCAUCGAAUUACUUCGCCAAUAUUAAAUCCAGUAAAUGGUUCAACAAGUUUUUUGAAUCAAUCGCAGAUCCAUCAGAUGGUGGACGUUUGAUCACAACGAAAGAGCUGCUUUCAUUCAAAGACAGUCAAGCCGGUGAGGAGCUUAUUGCUGUGUGGAAUGCAACGGUUCAUCUAUGGAAAUCAGGACAAAUUGAUCCGCUCACUGAAACGAAUGCAUCGGCGAUUUCAUUCGCUAACGCACGCAAACUNAAUCAGGACAAAUUGAUCCGCUCACUGAAACGAAUGCAUCGGCGAUUUCAUUCGCUAACGCACGCAAACUGGUAG